UCGAAGUCAGAUAGCAGCGACGUCGUGACCACUUCCCCACUCAUAACUUGACACCCGUCGUAGCCACAACAUGUCAUCCAUAGAAUACGACAAGUACCUCAUCGGUGUACCGGCCACCACUGCCAACGUCGGACCUGGAUUCGACGUCGCCGGGAUCGCCUUGACCCUCUCCCUCAAGCUCACCGUAUCCAUCCCUAAACAAAAGCCAGCCGAGCACUCUCUUCCCGUCAUCGAGUACACCGGGCUCGACAGCGAAAACGUUCCCUUGUCUCCUUACAAGAACCUCCUCACACGGGUCGCUCUCUACGUCCUGAGAUGUAACGAUAUCCCGACUUUCCCCUCGGGCGUGCACAUCUUGGCCAACAACCAGAUCCCUUUCGGACGUGGACUGGGUUCAUCAGGAGCUGCGGUCAUCGCCGGUGUCCUCCUAGGUGACCUCUUGGGAAACCUCAAACUCGACAAGUCCCGAUUGCUGGAUUUCGCUCUGAUGGUAGAGAGACACCCAGACAAUGUCACCGCGGCGCUCAUCGGCGGGUUCGUGGGGUCUUACCUCAAAGAACUAUCUCCGGAAGAGACCAACGCUUCUCAAAUCCCCCUUGCCGAGGUCUUGCCGGAGUACCCUCCUGAUGCUGGGGAGAACUGGGGUCAGGAUCCUCCCAAGCCGCCCAAAGGAAUCGGGCAUUACGUCAGGUUCGGAUGGGCACCCGAGAUCAAGGCGGUCGCUGUGAUGCCUCAAUUCGAGUUGGCCACUGCGAAGGCUCGAGGAGUUUUGCCAGAAAGCUAUUCUCGGAAAGAUAUGGUAUUCAACCUGCAACGACUGGCAGUCCUUACCACCGCCCUCUCACGAUCACCUCCCGACCCAGAACUUAUCUACGAAGCCAUGAAGGACAGGAUUCACCAGCCUUACCGGAUGGCCUUGAUCCCUGGUCUCCCAGAGAUCCUGGCCUCGUUGACACCGCAGACGCAUGACGGGCUUCUCGGGAUCUGUCUGUCAGGUGCAGGGCCAACAAUCUUGGCUUUGGCCACGCACGACUUUGAUGACAUUGCCAAGAAGAUCAAACAGAUCUUUUCGGAACACGGGGUGGAGGUCGCUUGGGAGUUGUUGAGCAUAGACGAGAGGGGAGCCUAUGUGGAGAAGCUAGAGUCGUAGGGCGAGAUCUCGAUCUGAUCAGAUAAAAGAGGCAUUAUUUGGACACAUCUGUCAUGGGAACACCUGUCAUCUCCCUGUCGGAUUCCAACAGACAUUUCGUCUAGGCCGACCUACCACUCCCGUCUCGGUGACCGCCUACUUUGAAGCUUUACGA